CCACGUUCCCUUCUUCAUUCCAUCUAAAACGUCCCCUUCUUCUCAUUUACACUCCAAAACACUUGCAACCCUUUGCACCCAUUUCCUAAUUUCCGGCCAACAUGUCGGCAACAUACGGCACGAUUCCAACGUCAACCGAUACUGGCUCCAAGGUUGAGUUCUUAUCUCGUGCAAAAGAACGAAUAACAACCGGCCUUGGAGUACAAAGGUCAUGGAAAGAAAUGUUCAACAUACAUUCAAUAAAUUUCCCUCGUGCAUUCUCUGAUGCAACUUCACGAGUCAAAACGAAUAUAGGAUAUUUUCGUAUGAAUUACGCUAUUAUAGUACUUGCAGUUCUGUUUUUAAGUUUGUUAUGGCACCCUAUAUCUUUGAUUGUAUUUAUUGUCUUGAUGGCGGGUUGGUUGUUUCUUUACUUUUUACGUGACGAACCUCUAGUGAUAUUUCGUUACACGAUUGAUGAUCGUGUGGUUUUGGGGGUUUUGGCAGUAUUUACAAUUGGCUUGUUGUUGUUAACUGGUGCGACUUUGAACAUUAUUAUAUCGGUUUUGGUUGGAAUUGUGGUUGUUUUGGUACAUGCUCUUCUUAGAAAGACGGAUAAUUUGUGUUUAGACGAAGAUGGCGUCGAGGCAGGCGGAUUCUUGGAGGCUUCAUCAUAGAAGAAGAUGGAAUCGAGGGUGUCAGGUGUUUGAGAUUUGAUUAUUCGGAACUGAAAUCUUAUUUUAAAGCGUUUAUCUGCUUAGAAAAUAAGUUAUCUAUUCAGAAAAUCCAAUUCUUAUAAGCACUUUCAGACAUUUCUAAGGCCAUCUUCAUAUUGAUUAAUGUUUGUUAAACAUAUGUUAUAGUGAUGAGUUAUUGAUUUAUGAAUUGCUAAUGUGAUGCCAUCACAGAUGUUGCUAGGUGUUUUUUAAACGAAUUUCUUUUGUAAUUCAUGUUUUGUCUAUAUGAAAUUCAGUUAGUGUGCCGGA